AUGUUUUAUGCAGUUACUUUUUUUACCAUCUUAAUUUUGAUAUUCCUCUUUUGGGACGUGCGUAAACCCAGCCGCUUCCCACCCGGUCCAAAAUGGUAUCCCAUUGUGGGCUGUGCCAUACAAAUCUAUCAAUUGCGCUCAAAAUGUGGUCUCUUCUGCAAAGUUAUUGAUGAACUUGCCAAACAUUACGUCAAUCCCUAUGGGGUGUAUGGCAUUAAGAUUGGCCGCGAUAAAUUGGUGAUAGCCUACUACAAUGACACCAUACAGGAAAUGAUGACGAACGAGGAUUUGGACGGUAAACCAGAUGGCAUAUUUUAUCGCAUGCGCACCUUCAACUCCAAAAUAGGCAUCCUAGUGACCGAUGAAGAGCUGUGGGUGGAGCAGAGAAGAUUCAUUUUAAGACAUCUUAAGGAUUUUGGAUUUGCCCGUAGCGGAAUGAUACAUGGCAUACAACAAGAAUCUGAACACCUGGUGGAGGACCUAACGAAUAUGAUCCGCCAAAAGGAGGGCAAACACACACAGGUGGCCAUGGUAAAUUUGUUUACAGUGCAUGUCCUUAAUAAUCUUUGGGUCAUGAUGGCAGGUAAACGCUUCGACAGAUACAGCAAAGAUAUCAACAGCAUGUUGCAAAUGUUCUUCGAACUACUGCAACAUAUCGACAUGAUAGGCGCCAUGUUCAGUCAUUUUCCUUUUAUGCGUUAUUUGGCCCCCAACUAUUCGGGUUACAAUGCCUUUGUGGAGAGUCAUGAACGCUUUUAUAGUUUUCUGCGCAAAGAGGUGCAAGUACACAAGGAGACAUUUAAAAAUUACGAAAUACCCAGGGAUUUGAUGGACUCUUACCUGCGGGAGCUGGAGAAACCCGAUCACAAAGCCACCUUCAGCGAAGAACAGCUUUUGGCAGUUUGUCUGGACUUAUUUUUGGCAGGUUCUGAGACCACCAACAAGAGCCUGGGCUUUGCUUUUCUGCAUAUGGUUCGUAAUCCAGAGAUACAGGAGCGGGCAUUCAACGAGAUCAAAGAGGUGGUUGGCUUUGAACGCCUACCCGAAUGGAAAGAUCGUCUCAAGUUGCCCUAUUGUGAAGGCAUAGUCUUGGAGGGUGUGCGUAUGUUUAUGGGCAAUACAUUUGGUAUACCACAUCGUGCAUUGCGGGACACACGUCUGUCAGGCUAUGACAUACCCAAGAAUACCAUGGUGGUGGCCUGUUUUCGUGGCAUGCUAAUGAGUCCAGCCAAUUUUCCCCAGCCCCACAAAUUUAUGCCCGAGCGUUACAUAGUCGAUGGAUCUUUAAAAGUUCCUGAAUUUCACAGUCCCUUUGGCUAUGGACGACACCGUUGCAUGGGCGAAAUUUUGGCCAGACAAACCAUGUUUAUGUUUAUAACCACAGUACUGCAGAAUUUCCGUUUCGAAGCUCCACCCGGUCCAUUGCCAGAUGAUGAGCCAUUGGAUGGUGUCACUUCAUCGGUAAAACCCUAUAUGGCGUAUAUAAUACCACGACAUACAGUGUCAUAG